UUCAGCGGGAAGUUUGAAUAAAAAUUAUACAUUGCACUCAACGGAUUUUGUUUGGAGCUCUUUCAUUGGCUUUAUGUUUUUUAUGAACCUACGCUAGCCAAUAGCAGCACUCAGAGAGAGCGAAUCGAGCGAAUGGUGGGAGAAAACCGUCACUUUUAGCAGUUGCCGCGACAAGUCUGAACAUGUUUUGGGAAAUUUAACUUUUAAAUGGACAAGACACUGAUCCACCAUUUAUUGUUUUGACUGUUUACCGUGCGGGUUACUGUUGAAAUUAGAAGUAGAGCGGUUGCAUUGUUGUGAGAAUUUUAGUGAUUCGAGUUGCAGCAGGGAAAGAUCUAGAUUUCGGACGAAAAAUGUUGCCUUUCGGCCGAAGACGAGUCGGCGAAGCGCCGCUCAACCCUCCACUGAAGAUUUCGUCUCGCAACUCCACGUCGGCCCACUUGCCGGGACUUUUCGACAGCGAAAAUAUGCAGCCUUCCACCGAUAAGAAGUACAACCUGCGGGCCAUGGAUCACCCUGGCCGAGACGAAGUUGCCCUCAGGAUUAGCAAGCGGAAGUCGGCGUUUUCGCCCUCACAGUUGCCGCACGGACCGGUCUUGAAAAGAUCUGCAUUUUCAGACGUCACCAACGCAAUUCAACGCCUUCACAUUCCUGGAGGAAGUAAGAAAACUGCAGAUGGCAAGGACAAAAGGUCAACCCUGGCCAAGUACAAGUCACUGAAGGUUGCGGUAGUGAAGCAACAGCCUCCAACCAUCACGGAGGAAGGUACAGUGUACGAAGAUGUCCAAAAUGGAACGCUGUACAUGUCUGCACUUGACGAUCUUGAAAUUAAGGUUCAGUCGCAACCUGAAAUCGAGGCUGUCCAAGUAAAAGUUCCCACGAGAGCUAGCUCGGCCCCACCUGUGUCCAUCAAGGAGUCGGAACUUUUCCUCUCAGCCUCUGAAAAUGACCGGUCCUUGGUGCCCCACAUUCCAACACCCGGAACUCCUCCACUGGGAGUCCUCGACUACGACCAGGAGACGUCCAAAGACACUUAUUCUGUGCCGGACUACGCACCUUAUAUUUUUUCCUACCUUAAGUCUCGAGAGGAUUUCUAUAAAGUUAAGCCGAACUUCCUGGACCAGCACAGGGAAAUAAGCAACGAUAUCAGGGCUUUGGUGGUUGAUUGGAUGGUCGAAGUGCAGGAGACACUCGAACUGAACCAUGAAACACUGUACCUGGCUGUGAAGAACAUGGACCUUUAUCUGUCCAACCCAAAGCCUCCGAGCAAGCAGCACCCUACGCCUAGUCUGCCAAUUAAAAGAAACCGUCUGCGCCUAAUUGCAUGUGCCUCCCUGCUUCUGGCAGCCCAGUAUGAUGAGCGACUUCCGCCACCAACAUCGGACUGGCUGCAGAUGUGCGACAACGACUUUUCAGCGUCCGAGCUGAGCAAAAUGCAGCAACAGCUGUUCUGCGCCCUUAAUUUCAACCUCGGCGCCCCUCUCAGCUACCGCUUCCUGAGACGUUACAGCCGAGCCUGCUCCUUGGACAUGGACUUGCUGACUUUGGCCCGCUAUAUCCUGGAAGCCUCACUGAUGGACUCUCAAUUCUCCAGCGAAUCAGACUCUAUGAUCGCAGCUGCCGCCCUCUGGUUAGCCACCUGCAUGGUCCAAGCCCCUUAUGACAAGGCUGCCCAAGCUGCUCUUUGGACCAAGCCCUUGCAGCAUUACUCAGGCUACAAGUUGGAUGACUUCCGCGAUCUGUCUGCCCGUUUGAAUACUUGGAUUAAGGGCCUGCCAAAAGAUCACAUGAAAACGGUGCAUGCCAAGUAUUCUCAUCGCGUUUUUCGAAAGGUUGCCCUCAUCCCAGCCCUGGAAGAACUUUGAAUGAUGCCCCUUACCCUGCAUCCUUCCAGACUUCUUUCGCUGUUUGUAGGACGUAAAGUGGUGCUGUGCCACUUUGAAAAUUCAACAUAUAAUUCUGUAUGUAUAUACACACAAUCAUUUUUUUUUUAAUUAUUAAAAGGGAUAUUGUUUUAACUUCUUUUUUUUUUUUGGGAACUGACUCUCAGAUUUCCAUGAUUUUGUUAAAAACAGAAAUGUAAUCAAGAUUCAGGUAAUAAAAUUGCGGAGUGAGUGGUGGACUGUGUUGAUUCCAUUUUGUACGUAAAAUAAACUUCGUAAAAGCAA